AAUUUUUGUUCUUCGUUGUAAUGUUUAUUUAGAGCUUUCAAUAACUAUGCCUCAUCAUGUCUAACUUCGGUGUUGGAGUAUAUUUCUUAUCAGUAAUUUGGUUCAUUACGUUUAUGUUGUGUUGGAUUUCUGUGAAAACUGGUCAUUACAUAGGCAAGAUAGCCGUUGCAACUUCCAGUAUUGUAACAAUUGUUUUAGUUUCAUUGCCAAAAGGGGAUGAGGAAUAUACGAGUGUCAAUUUUUACGACAACACUUACAUCCCGCGUUAUACGAUUUUCGCGCUAUUGCUAAUUAGUAUUGUGGUUGGCGGCGUAUUUUCCUUUAUCUACGUGUGUUUAGCACCAGUGGAAACUCAUAAAAUUAAAACUUUUGGGUUAAAAAAUUAGCUUUUAUUGUUGAUAAAAUGAAUAAUGCCAUAUGCAAGGGCUUGCGCUUGCCGAUGUGGAGUUUGGCAAAUUUGAGAAGAGCUAAAGCAAUAUCAACCUCAAUAGUUCACAAUGAAACUAUUUUAGUUAAGAAUAAUGAGGAAUUUGUAAAUAAGGUAAUGAACAACGACAAGCCAGUAAUAGUCAACUUUCAUGCGGAAUGGUGUGAGCCAUGCAAAAUCCUUACACCAAAGCUGAAGGAGUUGAUUGAACCGCUGGAUAACUUGGAUCUAGCCAUCGUUGAUGUGGAGGAGAAUGCUGAUCUAGUGCAUACAUUUGAGGUUAAAGCAGUCCCGGCAGUAAUAGCUGUAAAGAAUGGCCUGAUUGUAGAUAAAUUCAUAGGUCUGGUGGAUGCAGACAUGAUUACGAACCUCAUAGACAAAAUGUCUGGUAAGAAGACUAACUCAUAGACUAUGAUUUUGUAUUUAUUUAGUAGAUAUCA